AUGGGAAGAGCAAUUAUUUUUCAAGAAUUCCUAGAGAAGCCAAGGAAAAGGAGUCGAUUGUGGUUUCAGGAAGACGUAGUAUAUGCACUGAAAAAGAAUACUGGUACAGAAGCUAUAUUGUCCCUGAAGCUUGAUUUCAGCGUUGGAGAUUGGUUUGAAGCUCAUGCUUUCAAGAAAAUGAAGAGACUAAGACUGCUACAACUUGAUCAUAUACAACUUGGUGGAGAUUAUGGGCACAUUUCUAAACAACUGAGAUGGAUUUGUUGGCGAGGGUUUCCAUAUAAAUGCAUUCCAAAGAACUUUCAUUUGGAAAAUGUAAUUGCAAUUGAUUUCAAGCAUAGUCGUCUCCGACUAGUCUGGCAACAACGCGUGGUUUUAGAGCAGUUAAAAUUCCUUAAUCUUAGUCACUCCAAGUUCUUGAGAGAAACACCUGACUUUUCAGGACUACCAAGUCUUGAACAGCUCAUUCUAAAAGAUUGCCCAACUUUGUGUAAGGUACAUCCAUCCAUUGGUGACCUCUCCAAUAUACUAGUGAUAAAUUUGAAGGACUGUACAAGUCUAAGCUAUCUCCCAAAAGAGAUAGAUAAGUUGAGAUCUUUAAAAAUUCUCAUCCUAUCUGGUUGUUCGAAGCUUAGGCCAUUGGUAAAGAUAUAA